AGGGCCAUGGGAGUGGUUUUGUUCUUCUCGCGUUAUUUUUUAGUCACCGCGAGAGUUGGAGAGAGUACUGAGACAAGUUGCUGAGUUUUGGCGCAACAGGAGCAGAGCAGGAAUAAUGGAGGAGGAAAGCCGGGACACGGAGAACAGCAACGGAGAGGAGUCCUCCUCAGCUCGCGCUGAGCUACAGGUGAGAGGUUAUCACAGCUGAAAGAGGACGUGAAGGGGCACGAGGGACUUCCUGUUCAGGCUUUAACUUUGACAGAAGAAAGGAGACAAAACAACCAUCGGGACACAGCCGCGCAGUUUAAGAAAACGAUGUGCGCGUCUGCACCAGAACUUACGGUCCAAGCUGUAGACUCCGUCAGGAAUGCAUGGGGCGUUUAGGUGCACCUCGUAAACUCAGCAAUCGUACCCCCAGAAGCCGUGAUGGUUAUUUGAACGGCUGUGGUAUUAUUAUUAUCAGGUAACAAUUUGAGUUUUUUAAUGUUUUCAUGCGGAAUUGAAUGGAUAAUAUUGGAAUUCUAGAUCCAAACGUGUUCAUGGCCAUAAAACAUAAUAAAAACAGGGGAAAGGCUGAUGAAGAAACUGCAUCUGCUCUAUAACUACAGAAACGUGGUGGCCACAAGAGACCCAGACAUCAUGGCUCCCAGCACCAUGACAACGCCUCAAACAAGAAUCGGAAGAUUCACAUGGAUGACAAACAGUACAGCUGUGAUCAAUGCCCAUCCACUUUCGCUCGACUGCAGACUUUCUUAACGCACCAGCGUGUUCACACAGGAGAGAGACCGUACAGCUGUGACACAUGUGGCUCAGCUUUCACUCAGUUGUCUCAUCUGAGGAGGCACGAGCGAAGUCACAUUGGGAAGAAACCAUACAGGUGUGAUCAGUGCCCUUCCACUUUCACUCAACUAAGUGGUUUCUUGAUCCACCAGCGUGUUCACACAGGAGAGAGACCGUACAGCUGUGACACAUGUGGCUCAGCUUUCACUCAGUCAUCCCAUCUGAGGAAGCACAAACGAAGUCACACCGGGGAGAGGCCAUACAGCUGUGAUCAGUGUGGUCAGACUUUUACUCUAAAAUGUAGUCUGAACACUCACUGCAUACGUUUGCACACAGCAGAGAAACCAUACAGCUGCGACCAGUGUGGUAAAAGUUUUGCAUUGAAAUUUUCCCUGAAAGUCCACCAGCAAAUCCACACCAGAGAGAGUCCGCCCUGGUGUGAGGAGUGUGGAAAACCUUUUUCUCACACGUGCUCCCUUAAAAAUCAUCAAAGAGUUAUCAUUGGAGAAAGGCCGUACAGCUGCGACAAGUGUGGGAAAAGUUUCAAGCAGAAAUGUAUUUUACAAAAACACAGAAAAACUCACACUGGAGAGAAGCCAUACAACUGUGAGGAGUGCGGGCAGAGUUUCACCCGCCCGUGCUCUCUGAGGAAACAUCAGCGUAUCCAUACAGGAGAAAGACCGUACAGCUGUGAUGAGUGUGGGAAAGCCUUCAGUCGGCAGUUCAGCCUGACAUGUCACAUGCGAAUCCAUACAGGAGAAAAACCAUACUGGUGUGAGGACUGCGGGCAAACGUUCCGUCACAAGGGCACCUUCAAACAACACCAAGAACAACAUCAGAACAGGACAGAGAACUUGGAGCCGGGAUCAGCAGAAGUCUCUUUAUAAAAGAACCAUUUCAUGUUUCAUGUAGAAGAUUUUCAGGUCUUCUUCCUUUUUACUGUCUGCAGUGGAAUUCUGUAUGAGUUUGUUCUAUUGUUCAGAACAUCAUAAACACAUUUGUGUGGUCUGCUUGUUGCAGUGUGCUACUGUGAGGGGGGAAAAAACGCGGAACAACAGAAAUGAAUAACUUUCUGUUGCACUCUUAAAUUAAUACUGUGAAUAAUACCUAUGGGAGAUUUAAAAACAAACAAACAAACACCCAAUUAAAGACGAAAAACUUUUAUUUAAUGUAGGCACAGAAAAUGAGACUGACCAGAACCCACCUCCACAAAAUUGCUGUAAAACCAGAGGAGAAGAUGUCCUCAGGGAUCCACAGACCACCAGGAGCUGCUCACAGUUCUGCAUAUCGGGCAUUUCAGAGCCCCCAAUCAAAACCCUUUGCUCCUGUUAGGACGAUAAAUGGCACACUUCUUCCUUAAGGACCACAAACUUGUGCUUCCUGUAGAAGCUGCCCUGAUCCUGCCUUUUUCUGAAGCUAUGUUGUUACAGUACUGAACCACUACCUGGAGAAAAAAAACCCUAAAACGAAGUAAAACUGCAUUUAUUUUACUUUGUUUUUUCUGCUGCAAAGUAAAGUUUGUUUCCUUUUCAGGGCCUGUAAAAUGAAAUCAUUAACCUCAUUAAUGUUUAUUAUAAUGUUUGUUGACAAAAAAAUAAAGGGAUGCGAACCAGUCUGGUCCUUUCUGUAAGUUUCAAAGAAAAUAACCUAAAUAUCUAAACAUGUCACAGCUCUCUUUGUCAUCUGAGUUUUAUUGUGUAAAAAAUCAGAAAAAAAAUAUCUAAAACUAAUAAAAACUGACCUGAAAUCAGCAAAAUGACUAAAAAUAAACCAAAAAGAUUCAGGUGAAUGAGUCUAAAUCACAGUGCAGUCAAACAU